CUAUCAACUCCGCAAUCCUCCUCACCUCUUUCGCAACCUCAUCUCUUCCUCGUCAUCUUGCAUUAGGCUGGAGUCUGGGAGCAAAGCUUGAGAAUCCUUUCCCGAAUACACAUCCAAUUCCUUCACAAUGCAGAGAGCUUUUACCGCCCGCGCGCGGACUUCCGCUUUGAAGUCGAGCGCUAGGAGCUUCAACCUCCAGCAGCAGAGGUUCGCCCACAAGGAGCUCAAGUUCGGCGUCGAGGGACGCGCUGCCCUGCUCAAGGGUGUCGACACAAUCGCCCGCGCUGUAGCAACAACACUCGGUCCUAAGGGUCGCAACGUCAUCAUCGAGUCCAGCUACGGCUCGCCCAAGAUCACAAAGGAUGGUGUAACCGUCUCCAAGGCCAUCACGCUGGAGGACAAGUUCGAGAACCUCGGUGCUCGCCUUCUCCAGGACGUCGCCUCCAAGACCAACGAGGUCGCCGGUGACGGUACCACAACUGCCACCGUUCUCGCCCGCGCCAUCUUCUCUGAGACCGUCAAGAACGUUGCCGCCGGAUGCAACCCCAUGGAUUUGAGGCGCGGUACCCAGGCCGCUGUUGAGGCCGUCGUUGAGUACCUGCGCGCAAACAAGAAGGAGAUCACCACCAGCGAGGAGAUCUCUCAGGUCGCUACUAUCUCUGCCAACGGCGACACACACAUUGGCAAGCUCCUCUCCAACGCAAUGGAGAAGGUUGGCAAGGAGGGUGUCAUUACCGUCAAGGAGGGCAAGACCAUCGAAGAUGAGCUCGAGAUUACCGAGGGCAUGAAGUUCGACCGUGGUUACAUCUCCCCCUACUUCAUCACUGACACCAAGAGCUCCAAGGUCGAAUUCGAAAACCCCCUGGUUCUCCUCUCCGAGAAGAAGAUCUCUGCUGUCCAGGACAUCAUCCCCGCUCUUGAGGCCUCUCAGCAGCAGCGCCGUCCCCUUCUCAUCAUUGCCGAGGACAUUGAGGGCGAGGCUCUUGCCGUCUGCAUUCUCAACAAGCUCCGUGGCCAACUCCAGGUCGCCGCCGUCAAGGCUCCCGGCUUUGGUGACAACCGCAAGUCCAUCCUUGGCGAUCUUGCUGUCCUGACCAACGCUACCGUUUUCAGCGAUGACCUCGAGAUCAAGCUCGAGAAGGCCACUGCCGACAUGUUCGGUGCGACUGGUGCCGUCACAAUUACCAAGGAGGACACAAUCUUCCUGAACGGCAGCGGCAGCAAGGAUGCCGUUGCUCAGCGUUGCGAGCAGAUCCGUGGCGUUAUGGCCGACCCCUCCACCUCUGAGUACGAGAAGGAGAAGCUCCAGGAGCGUCUCGCCAAGCUUUCUGGCGGUGUUGCCGUGAUCAAGGUUGGUGGUUCCUCUGAGGUUGAGGUCGGUGAGAAGAAGGAUCGCAUCGUCGAUGCUCUGAACGCCACCCGUGCUGCUGUUGAGGAGGGUAUCCUUCCCGGUGGUGGUACUGGUCUCCUCAAGGCCUCGGUCAACGCCCUCAACAAUGUUAAGGCCGCCAACUUCGACCAGCAGCUUGGUAUCACAAUCGUCAAGAAUGCCAUUACCCACCCUGCCCGCAAGAUCGUCGAGAACGCUGGCGCCGAAGGCUCCGUCGUUGUCGGUAAGCUUACCGACGAGUUCGCUAGCGAUUUCAACAUGGGUUACAACAGCGCUGAGGGCAAGUACGUCAACAUGAUCGAUGCUGGUAUCCUUGACCCCUUCAAGGUUGUCCGUACUGCACUUGUCGAUGCCAGUGGUGUUGCUUCCCUUCUCGGAACAACCGAGGUCGCAAUUGUUGAAGCACCCGAGCCACGCGGCGCUGGUGGUCCUGCUGGUGGAAUGGGCAUGGGCGGCGGCGGCAUGGGCGGCAUGAUGGGAGGGAUGGGAAUGUAAGAAAAGGCGUGUCUGACUGACCGUCCCUUCGAUUCUCACCCCUCUUCUCUAUACCCUCUUUAGUACUCAGGUCAUUCCCAGCGACGGUUCAUGUACACGAUAUUGGGUUGGUACUCCGCUCUUGUUCUCCCCUGUCUUCAUAAUUACUUGUACGAAAAGCGCAGCAUUUGUUUGGGAUAGUUGUACGAUAUCACGUGUAUUUAGAAGGAAUCCUGGGAAGGACAAGAUGUAAAAGUGACCACGGAAAUGUAAACAAGUUCAAAUGUAUUCUCAUGAAUCACUCUGAUGACUACAAAGUUGCGGUUUAGCAGAAGGAUCACUUACAUAUAGCUCAGCAAAG